CUGAAUCCUGAGCAUCCCCACACCUCUGGCUCCUAGCACGCCUUCAGUGCCUCCAUUGCAGAAUUCUCACUUUGCUACUGUCCCAGGCAGCACUGCGUCUAUAUCUCGGCUCAAGGUUCCGCACUGAAGGUUUUCAAUGUGCCAAGUUCCUCCGAGGCGGGCAUACCCCCCAUGGCGCACCAACAGGAUUAAAAUUAUCCCACCCUACCCUUCAAAAGAGUACAAAGCAAGGCAAAUGGAACCGCUGGCCGUCAGGGCUUUCUGCCAGCUCUGUCUGGUUCUCGGAAGAUUCGGACACAGCCCCAACCUCCAAAGCCAAGGGUCUUAGGACAAUUUGCAUAACAGUUUUUGGUGGAGAAACUCAAACCGCAAGACGCUGGCAGGCCUCUCGGGGCUUCGUUCGUGGAAGGAGGGUUCCACGCAGGAAGCGUAUGAUCCGUUGUCCUUCUCUAACUCCCCGACCCAGGACUAGCGAGAGGAUCCGACAUUGGAGAAAAGUGUAUGAGAGGGGGCGGGGGAGGGGAGAGUGCCGAGAAACCGACCAAUCCUUAGCCUUGAGACGCCGUCUCCCUCCGUCCCAGCAGUUCUCAGAAGUGCCUCUAACUUUCCCCUGCCUUGAGGACACCGACCACCGCCCCACGCCUCCUCUCCAUCACUGUUAGAGACGCGAGGCUCAAGGGGGAGAGGGAGGACGAGCGACCUCUCAGGUCUCUGUCCCCUGGAUUUCUGGAAGCUACCUGCAGCGAAACCGCAGACAGGGGCGGCGCACCGGUCUUCUGCGCCUAUUCGCCCGAAGGUUCCCACCAGGAAAGUAGCAAGACCGGCGCUGGAGUUAGAGUGCGGGGCAGCCCGGCUGCCGAAAAGUUCGCGACUGCGGCACGCGGGACCCGGCAAAGUGAAUAGAGUGGCGCAGAUGUUACACCAGUAAGGAAACGAUUGUGAUCAUUUGUCAUGGCGUAUGGCUUGCCAAGAAGAAACACAGUACAAACCAUUUUGAAGGGCAGCUGUUAUAAAGUACAGGAACCAUGGGACCUUGCGGAGCUCACAAAGACCUGGUACACGAACUUGACGAACAUCAAGUUGCCGUUCUUGGGGGAGAUCGCCUUUGGUAGUCCCAUGAACCUCUUGGCGAGCCAAACCAAACAAGAAUGCCAGCUCCCUUCAAUGCAAACCAUGGCACUUGAAAAGGAGUACGAAGCAAAGCGCCUAACAAAACUGAAGUGUCAGGAGAAUGUGUGCAAGGAAAUCCAAGUUUCACUGAGGGAAAAGAAAGUCGGCCUGAGAAGACCACUUCAGCCCAAGUGACCCGACGUAAUCUUGAAGCUGAACCUGUUUCCGGCAUCCGUGGGGAUGAAGCUCUCGGAUUCCUUUGCGGUGUCAAGUAGACACAGCCGUGUGUCUGUGGGCCAUGGGGCCAAUGUUUCUAAGCAUGGCUCGGUGGACACUGUGACAGCGCCCCCGGGUUCCUGCUACACUCUUGUCCUUUGUGUCCCGUACAGCAGCCCUCCCUGUAAGUAGAUGAAAACGCAUCUGGAGUUGAGUCAUUUUGUGUUACUUAGUCGUUUCAAUGCUUUUAAGAUUGCGUGAGGAAGAGGACAGUGCUUGUGAGAGGCAGCGUUCUGAAGAGACAUUUGAGAUCCCAAGGAGAUUUCUCAAAACGAAGGUCAGAAAGAAGUUCUUUUAAAAUGAGAAACUGCGAUUUUUUUUCUUUUUCUGGUUAAGAAAACGAUUAAGAUUUCAUUUCUGUUAAGUCUAUAGAUGACCAAUUUUCGGUAAAGUAUCAUUUAUCGUUCUCAUGUGGCACUUUAUUUUUAACUUUUUGUUGUUGUUGUUGUUAUGUGGUACUUUAAAAAAUAAGACUUUGCUUUUGUUCUUCUGCAAAAAUAAAUGUGAAGCUGCUUUCCUUCUGGCUAAUAGUCUUUCUACAAUGGACCUGGAGCAGGUGUAGCACACAUGCGUGACAGGGACAAAGACGGCCAAACCGUGAGGAAAAUUUAUAUUUGCAGAGCGGCUGGGGAAUGAGCAAAUAAAGAGAAAGAACUGAGUCUGUAUGAAUAAAGUCUUCUAGUUUGUAUGAAUAAAGUCUUCUA